GCCUUUGAGCGCUGCUUGGAGCGGGCUGCGGAUCGGGAGGAUGCUCCGGCAGGCGGUUCGGUGGCUGGGCCGGGGGGCUGCCCCGCGGGCUUUGUCCACAGUGUCAAACCAGAAGGGUCUUUCCGGCAUCUCUGACGUUUCUGCUACCGAGGUGGAUGCAGCAUCCCUCACAGCAAAAUGCCAUGGUGGGGUCUCUAGUGACCCCAUCCUACGAAAGUGCAACAUUGCUGUCCCCAAGCACCUCAUGCCUGUCCAAGCCUGGGUGGAGUCCUUAAAACAUUAUGAUGCCAGAUAUGAGGGUUUGACAGAUCUGCACCCAGAUGUGUUUGCAGUCAUGCCCCGUAUUGAUAUCUUGCACACUGUGGCUAUUUGGCAGAAGAACUUCAAAAGAAUUAGUUAUGCCAAGACAAAGUCACGAGCAGAGGUGCGAGGGGGCGGUAGGAAACCCUGGCAACAGAAGGGGACUGGACGGGCCCGGCAUGGCAGUACCCGUUCACCUUUGUGGCGUGGUGGUGGUGUGGCCCAUGGCCCCCGUGGCCCCACCAGCUACUACUACAUGCUCCCCAUGAAGAUGCGUGUCUUGGGCCUCAAAGUGGCACUGACAACCAAGCUGGCUCAGGACAACCUGCACAUUGUCGACUCUCUAGAGCUACCGACUUCUGACCCCCAGUAUCUGAUGGACCUGGCCCGCUACAGGCACUGGGGGCAAUCAGUGCUGAUUGUGGAUGUCAAUGAGAUCCCGGAGGACAUCAAGUCUGCCACGAGCAGUUUGAAAACCAUCACAGUAAUUCCAGCGAUAGGCCUCAAUGUGCACAGCAUGCUAAAGUACGAGACGCUGGUGCUCAGCCUGGAUACGGUCUCCUUCCUGGAAGAGAAGCUGCUGUGGCAUGACACGCGAUACAGCCCACUGUACCCUUUCCGGCUCCCCUACAGUGACUUCCCCUAGCAUGUUGCCUUGGAGACGGACUGAACCAAGGGCAGCUGUGAGCGGAAGCUACUUCCUGUUCCAUACACGGACGUGAACUCAUCGGAAGAAGUCCUAGCCCAUCACUGGGCACUGAUGAACUGUCAAAACUCUGUUGAGAAUUUUAAAAAUAAAACGGUGCAGCGUUUGCAUUGGGA